UUCGGUUAAAUUUCUCGUGUUUUGACAUUUUUCCGUGCAAAAAUAUGGCUUGUAGAAAAGUGCUUGGAAAUCUGGGAAAAAUUCAGAGAUUCUCAGUGCGAGCAGCCUCUGGACAAACUACAGGAGUUGCCUAUCCCACUCCCGAAGACGCCAAUGUGAAAAAAUCAACGCACACGGGGCAGAUUUUCCCUGACGAUGACUACAGAAAUGUAAGAUUCACAAAUGCCACGAGAUAUGUCAACCAGAAUUUUGCCAUUGAUUUGAUUGAUGAGGUGCCUCCCAAAGAAUGUUCUGAGAGAGUGAUUGCCUGCGAUGGUGGCGGAGGCCCUCUGGGGCACCCUAAAGUCUACAUCAAUUUGGACAAACCUGGAGCUCAUGCUUGCGGAUACUGUGGAUUGCGCUUUAUCAAGAAGGAUCAUCAUCACUAAGCAAUCUCUGGGGUAUCUAUAAUGCCCAGAUGCUAGUUUUUUCUUGUUAAAUUCGCUGUAGAUUGAAUAAAAUUAAUAAAUUCAAGCAUUACUGAUGCUCAAUGAGAACAGUU